AUGGCUAUCCCCCACCGAAUCUUGAUCGUUGGCUCUGGUGUCUUUGGACUGUCCACCGCAUAUUACAUGAGCCUCAAUCAAAAGUUCUCCAAAAGUCAAAUCAUCCUUCUUGAUGCCUGGAACUUUGAACCGGAAUUUCCGUCUACUUCGGUACAGAACCCAGGUGCUGCAAACUCCGACACUUCUCGCAUCGUUCGUCGUGCUUAUCCCAAAGGUCCCUACGCCGCGCUCGCCUACGAAUCUGUGGAGCGUUGGCGUACUGACUGGGGUGCUGAUGGGAGAUACGUCGAGCAGAGGUUGCUGUUUUCGGGAGAAGGAGGGCCUCUAGGAGCACCAAAGAAGAAGGGGGAGACUGUGAAUUACGUCAAAGAUGCCUAUGCUACGGGGUGUGAGAUGACACCGGGGGGCGCAGGAGCAUUGGAGAUUUGGGAUUCACUGGAUGAGAUUCGAUCCAAUUUGCAAGGCAAGACAGAGGUUAGCAACGAAACAGGCCAGGAAUCAAAAUCAAGCCAGAGGGGGUUUGUUUCCAAAGACUGCGGCUACGCCAACUCAGGAGCAACCAUAGAAUGGCUACGACAAAAACUUAUCCGCAUGGGCCGGGUUGACCUCCGUGUCGGCCAAGUGCAGAAGCUCCUGUACUCAAACGGCGGAGCUCGCGUCAACGGCGUAGUCCUCAUUGACGAGACCGAAAUACACGCCGACCUGACCAUCAUCGCCGCCGGCUGCCACUCGUCCCGCAUCCUCCAACUCCCCAACAUGUGCACUGUCGAGAGCGCUUUUGUCGCCUACAUACAACUGACCGAAUCCGAAGCCCAGGAACUGAGGAAAAGACAGUGGCCCUUGAUCGUCAACACGCACCGCGGAGUCUUUUGCGUUGGGCCGGACCAGGAUAACUGCCUCAAACUCGGCCAGUGCUCCACCGGCAGCAGGGUUGAAAUCCUUAAAAGCGCCCAUCUCAUGGACAGGGAUGAGGCCGCUAGGCUUCGAUCGGAAGCCGACUCUAACAUUCAGCCCGACUGGGCAAACCCCAGCACCGGUUGGGGAGGCAAAGUCACCGACGACGACCCUGAAAGCCCGGCUGUCAACAAGGCACUUGCAGCGUUCCGGGGAUUUCUCCUCGAACUUCUCGGCCCGCAAGAUGAUUUUGGGAGUCUCGACGUGUCGAAACGACAUGAUCCCCUGCUAAACAGUAUUGCAGUGCGACCAUUUACCCGUGUCCGUCGAUGCUGGUACAAUGACACCCCAUCGUAUGAUUUCAUUGUUGACUAUCACCCAUCCUUUGGGACAAGUUUAUUUGUCGCUUCCGGGGGUUGUGAUCAUGCAUUUAAGUUCAUGCCUGUUCUGGGAGAGAAGGCAGUGUCUAUUAUUCUCCGCCGCCUGGGCGAUGUUCCGAAGGCAUCUUCACGUGAAGAGGCAUCCUUGUUGGAGGAGCUGUGCCGUCUUUGGAAGUUUCCAGACCAUCUAGUUAGUGAAAAAGAGCGUAGAGGAGCAAAGUUGUAG